AUGAGCAAACCCAUCGAUCUGCUCGUUACCGUGAGUCAUAGACUCGUCCUCAUUACGGGCAUAGGUACAGCCCACGGCCUUAAACUGGCAAGAUCAUGGGCGGUAGAAGGCCACCGCGUGGUUGGCGCCGAUGUUACAGACCUGGACCUGCCCGUGCGCUCCGGUGGGAGUAUGUCCAAGGCCCUGGUGGCAUUCUACCGGAUCCCCAAGGCCCAUUACCCCUCCCGGCUACUUGACGUCAUCCACCGUGAGAAGGUCGACCUGUGGAUUCCCUGCUCGCCCAAGGUAUCCUCCAUUGAAGAUGCGAUGGCUCGACAGGUCGUGGAGGGUCGCACUAGCUGCAGAUGUAUCACCUUGGACACCGAGUUGGCGGCUUGCUUCGCCCAUCCUGAUUCUUUCCGGCAGUAUGUGACCAAGAGAGGUCUUCCUGUACUUGAGUAUCACAAGGUCCAAACGCGCGACUCGGUGCACAAGAUCUUACACCGGUCGCCCUCCAAAGCUUACCAGAUCUCUCGAGCGACACCAACUGCCAAGGAGAAGGCUAUGAGUUUGCCGAGGCGUACGCUAAGCAAGACCUACACGAUGGUCAGUGAGAUCCAGAUCUCCAAGGACCGACCCUGGAUUCUACAGCAACAAUCGCGUCUUGGCGAGCUAUUCGCAGACCUGCUGGUUGUGUGUGGCCACGUUCAAGCCAUUCAGAUUCGGCUUUCCGAUUCUGAUUUGUCUACGCGGAGGGAUUGGCGUCCAGAGGAGGCUCUGGCCACUUCGGUCCAUAGGCUUAUGCAGACACUGGCCGCCAAAGGUGGAGUUCACUUGACAGGCCAUCUCUCUGUCAGACUCCUGGUUGAUGAAGAGUUCGAACCGUAUUCUGUCCGACAUGCUAUCUAUAUUGCUGGCUGUACAUCUGGCGCUCGAGUUGUUGAGAAUCUGCCAUAUGAUGUACCUUGCCCUAUUGCAGGCUACACUAUCAUCAACCCGUUCAGCACCAACUUUUGCCCGCGCCGCCAUUUUUCCCGCUGCUUUCUUGCAGUUUUUGUUGUUUCGCCUUGUACUCAUGACCCUUGA